UUUGGUUGGGAGCAGGGGCGGACUGACCAUUUCGAGAACUCAGGCACUGCCCGAGGGCCCGGGGUCAGUAGGGGGCCCCAUGAAAUGCCCCUGGUACCUUUUAUAGGCUUUUUUUUGAGUGUGGGCAAGGACACAGGGCCCCAUGAUCCCCUAUUGCCCAGGGGCCCCACGAGUUGUCAGUCUGCCCCUGUAGGGGGCUCACUGACCCUGGGCCCUUGGGUGGUGCCCGAGUGCUCGAAUGGUCAGUCCCCCCCUGGGGGGCCCCAUGAAAUGCCCCUGGUACCUUUUAUAGGCUUUUUUGGUUUGGGCAAGGACACAGGGGCCCCAUGAUCCCCUAUUGCCCGGGGGCCCCAU